ACACUAGCUGACACAAGCAAUUAAAUUCAACUCAAUCCAUCCUUGUUAUAUUAGUUAGCCAUGUCUGAUUUAUGUCCUGUUUAUGCUCCAUUUUUUGGUGCCAUUGGCUGUACUGCCGCUAUCGUCUUCACCUGUUUCGGUGCUUCUUACGGUACGGCUAAGUCCGGUGUCGGUAUCUGUGCCACCUCCGUCUUGAGACCAGAUCUUUUGGUCAAGAACAUUGUCCCAGUCAUUAUGGCUGGUAUUAUUGCCAUUUAUGGUUUGGUUGUUUCUGUCUUGGUUUCUGACACCUUGAAGCAAGGACAAGCCUUGUUCACCGGUUUCAUCCAAUUGGGUGCUGGUUUAUCUGUAGGUUUGUCUGGUUUGGCUGCUGGUUUUGCCAUCGGUAUUGUCGGUGAUGCUGGUGUCAGAGGUACUGCCCAACAACCAAGAUUGUUCGUCGGAAUGAUUUUGAUUUUGAUUUUCGCUGAAGUUUUGGGUUUGUACGGUUUGAUUGUCGCUUUGUUGUUGAACUCUAGAGCUGAGCAAGAUGUUGUUUGUUAAACUAAAAUGGAAAAGGAAUAUUUAUAAACUCAAAAUUUUUGUUUAACUUCACUUCUUUUUAAUAACACUACUUGCAAAAACAAAAUCCUACUCCUUUUUUUCCCAGCUUGCUAUAUUAUUCCUUAAAAGAGAGAGAACAUAAAACUAUUUUACGAUAGUUUAUAGAAAAAAGAAAACUCCAUGGAAUUUAAUUAGAUAUUUAUCUA